AUGAAACAGAUUCCCCUCCUUCUUCUUCUUCUUCUUCUCCUACUUCCUGUCCGCCUGGCCAUGUUCAAGUCGAUUCUCGCGAACACUGACGAAAUCGAUUUUUACGACGAGUUGGAAUCCGAACUGAAUGCGUUGGAAUUGGAGGAGCAACGCAAGUUUCAGCCGGACGAGGACAGCAAUGAACCGCCGGAGACCAACUCUCAGAUUGCCAACUUCUUCUAUGAUAAGUAAGCGACAGAACCGAUAAGAUUUUGAAAGUAGGUCGUGAUGGACGUCAAUCGCCGUCAUUUUUCACGGAGAACACGUUUGACGACGUGGAUUUUCUUGCGUCAUCCGAUUUUGCCUUCAGAAUGCUCCAAUUGAUGCAGACGAACGAGGGACAGUACGUGGACUCGAUCGCAAAAUACACAAACGACGAGACGCAGCUGCUGUCGUGUCGGAAGCCCGGAGAGCAAAUGAACUUUGGUAGGCGACAGUUUUCUCCCCAAAACUUUUUCCGAAUUUUCAGCCGCUUUCAAUCAACUCAUACGCUAUCUCUUCUUGUUCUUCAAAACUGUCGACGUAAAAUUUCAUAGAGUAACUGAUACGGUAAUCCGUGAUUUGAGGCGGCCGGCACGAGUUUCACCACCGAUUCGACGACGUUUGUCAAGUUCGAAGUGAAGUACAACGCGGUGUCGCAGGAGAAUAAGGCGGUCGGAGUGAUCUGGAAGGGCGAGGCGAAGUUUGUGAGUGCGAACGUUUAAAUGCACCAGCAAAACGUCAAUUGUGUCUAUAAAACCAGCAGGAAUCAAUUUUCGCAACCGGUGUAUGAUCUAGAGAUUUAGGAAGAGAAACAUAAAGUUGCGAACGGCGAAAUGUGUGUGUGUGUUGCAGGACGACUCGCUGAAACACUACGUGUUCUCGAAACUGGAGCUGGCGGGCGACUGUUCCCAAAUGCCCGACGAGUUCCCGCUGACUCCGACGGAGACCCUGCCCGUCUACCUGGACCGCCUCAAAAACUCGCUCUUCAAGGACGUGUUCGCGGCGAACCCUCUGAGAUCGCUGCCCGCAUUUCGCGUCAUCGUCCGCGAGUUUGUCAUCAAAACGGCGCGCAUCAUGAUUUGCGAGAAGAACGGAAAGGCGGUGGAUAGAUGUGCGUGGGCGGGCGGCUACCGAAAUGCAACCAUACUCUUUUUCAGCGUUCUUCGGCGAGUUCUUGUUCAAGCGGUACGGCGAAAUCGACGCGUUUUCGGUUGGUUUUCAGUCGGAAUUCAAACGAGUUUUUUUGUUUUGUUUUUGAGGACUUGGAAUUCACGCACGAAGCGUUCAACGACUACCAGACGGACGCCUUCCUCACGGUUACCGUCAAUCAUCCGAACGGCGACAUCACGAAGGAUACCAUCCGAUUCCGAAUCUCCGCGGUGAGCCCGACGCACCAUUUCGGUGACGCCGUCCCGCCCGUUUUCAGCAGUCGGAAGUGAUCCACGGAUGGCCGCACUGGUGGGUCGAGUUCAUCGAAGUGCAGUGCUACAAACUGCUCAAUCCGUGAGUGUCGAAUGCGUGAGACCCAGAGGAGUAAGAAUGUUCCAGAAAACCGGGUCACAAAGAGCAGAAGGGACCGUUCGUGACGCAAGUGUGCGAAUCGAUUAGUCCGAUGGUGAACAACGGACCGUCCGAAGAGUCGCGCAUCACGUUCCUCUCGCAUCUGAACAAGAGAAACGACGCCGGAUUCUGGGCCGUCGUUUGCGAAGAAGCGCCCAGGAAUUACGGUGAGUUGUUUUUUGUAAAGCGAAUCACUUGAUAAUGAGACGUUUUGGUGCCACGGUCUCCAGAGCUGACAAUGGGCGCAAGUGCGCCCCGCCCAAUAGAGCGAUACAUUGGCGCGAAAUUCAAAUUUUAACAGCAAAAUUUGUGUUUUUUGCCAGAUUAGCCACGAAAAACCGAUAAUUUCUCAUUUGUCUCUCGAUAAACCGAUUGUAUUGGCGAUUACGAAUUUCUUAAGUGCAAGAGCGUCAAAUUUGGUCAAGUCGCAAAUCAUAUUUAUCCGUUUGAAGGUUUUUGGCUAAAACUGCGUGAAUUUCAGUUGCUUUUCGGUAGUUUUCGCGGUUCGAGCGCUCAAAAUGCUUAUAUUUACGUGAUUUAUCAUUCUCAAAACCAAUUCUGUCUGAAAACGGUCAAGAAAGCGCAAAAUGAGAAGUGCGGUUUUUAGGCGGCGAUCGGCGGCGAUGGCAAAAAAGCAAAGUCGGCGAAAAAUGCGCCAAAACGUCGUUAAUUCUGAGAAUUAGUGUGUUUUCUCGUCGAACAAUCAUUUUCAUCGUCGUUGACCACAAAAAUAAAAGGAAACCUUCAUGAAAACGCCAUUUCUCCGAGGCCACGCCCAUAUUUUCAGCUCUGGAGACCGUGGUCCUUCAAAUGUACGCUACUUGCAGACGCGUUCAAAUCAUGGCUCGCCACGUGGGUAACCGAGAGCAAGACGGCGACGUUGACGGGCAGUACGGUGAUCGACGAGGAGAACUUCAAGUUCGAGUGCGUCCUGCAGAUCGCCAAGGAGAGCGGCGCGACGGCGACGACGAGAAAGUUCGAGAUGAAGGCGUUCUACGAGACGGACGAGUGGCUCGUCAAGGAGAUCCGCAUCUCGUGCUGA